AACAUGAUAGUAAAGACAUUUGUAAAGUUACAAAAGAUUCCUAUUUCAAAUAAAUGCUGUUCUUUUGAACUUUCUUUUCAUCAAAGAAUCCUGAACAAAACCAUGUCAUGGUUUCCACAAACAUAUUAAGCAGAAAAACAGUUUUCAACAUUGAUAAUAUUAUGUAUGGCAGAACAAAAGCUAGUUUUGGUGGCUGGAUUACAUGUUGGACAGCCACAACCUUUAAAUGCUUUAAUUGGAUUGUCUCUGGUUCUACUUAUAAAUAGAAGUGAACAAAGAUAAACAACACACCUUCACUCUUCACAGGAAACAGCAUCAACCACAUUGCAUAGUCAGACAUCAGUAGGAAUUUUCUGGUAUUAUUUUUCCUUUGAGCCUAUCAGAGUUGCUCAAGAUGAGGGCGUUGAUCUUUUCUCUGGUUUUACUGGCGACUCUGGGGGCCUUUCAUUGUUCCCCUGAUACCGCCCUUCCUCCGAUAUCAGCCAACACUCUCAAACGCCUGUCUCUGGAAGGGGAGAAGCUGGUAGAUCAGGAGGUCAGCAAGGCACUGUACGGAAUCAAACAAAUGAAGGAGGUGAUGGCCAGGAAUGAAGAGAAACAUACAAACCUCAUGAUGUCUCUCAGGCACAGCGGGGAGAAGAAAAAAGGGGCAGCAGAGAUUGCACAGGAUAUAGAAAAGAAGUUGAAUGAAGCCGAGCAGCAGUGCAGAGAGUCUCUGAAGACCUCCUGGGAGGAAUGUCGACCUUGUCUCGAGGACACCUGUAAGAACUUCUAUACGAACACCUGCCGCCGCGGAUUCGCCACUUUCACCAAUAAGCUACAGAACUUCUUCCAAAGACUGAGCACUCGCUUUGGCCCUCGUGAUACUCAGGACGAGGUAGCAUUGAACCAGAGUGCAGAGAAUCCUGACCUGGAGGUGGUGAGAAUCGAGGACUCCUUCAGCAACCUGCUCACCAAAGUGGGAACCCUGGUCAAUCGCAGUGUGGUGCUGGUCUCCCACUUCCACCAUGAGCUGGACCAGGCCCUACGCAGAGCCUUCAGCCCUGAGCUUCAGGAAGACAAAGAGAGUGAGCUGGCUCUCAAGCCUGCCAACAAAGCUCUGGAUUCUGCCUUUCUGGAGGGUGUGGGCCUGGACGAUGUGCUGGAGUCUUUCUUUGACUUUGGCAGAAGUGUGCUGGAGGAGUUUGGGGCCGUAAUCACACAAGCCUUCAGUGACAUUCAUGAUGCUGGGAUGAAGACGGAGAAGGAGGAAGAGAGGAAACUCUUCCCUCAGUUUCUGCAGAACAAGAGACUGUGCAGAGAUCUGCGCAGAAAGUCCUCGGAGUGCUGGCAGCUGCAGAGCAAGUGUGAGGCCUGCCAGGGAACCUUGUUUACUGAAUGCCCAAAUGUAAGAGAGCUGCACAUCGAGUUGGAUGAGGCCUCGCAGCUGUUGGAGGCGUCCAAGCAGCAGUAUGAGGAGAUGCUGGGCAUCGUGCAACGCCAUACUGAUGACACCAUCAGCUGGCUCAGCAACAUGGCCUCCGACUUUGGUUGGGUGACCGAGCUUGCCAAUAACAACACCACUCCUGAGAGCAUCUUCAGCAUUGCCACGGUGGUGGCACAGAUUAAGGAGGGCAACAACACUCCAGCAGCAGACACUACAGUGGAAGUGAAUAUUCUAAACUCCCCCACUCUCACCCUGACCGUUCCUGCGGGUCUCAGGCUGCAGGAUCCCGCCUUCAUCCAGUAUGUGGCACAGGAGGCUCUGGGCAUGUACAAGCAGAUGGCCAGGCAUGAUGAUGUGUAAUCAAACUAGAAGUUUUCAUCACAGCACUAACCCGGGUACACUGCUAAAAGAGUACAUAGCUAUAUCUUGUGUGUUUACUUGUAUUUUAUGCAUUGUGCUUAGUUUAAAAAAAAAUAAGUUAUUGCAAGUAUUGUCAUUUAUUUAUGGUGUUAUGUGACAGGUUCCAAUUAGCAAUUGAAUCUUGUCGUGUUAAUUGAACUAAACAUCAGUAUGUCCGAAAUGUACUUAUGUACCGUAACAUAUAUACAUAUAUAUAUCACUGUUUUUAAACAGUCAUAACUGAAUAAUCACUAUUUAAAAGAAGCAUUUACUUUUAGUGCAUAACCAUUUGUCUAGUUACUUGCAUCAAUAGGCCUAUGUGUGUUCACUUUGAAGCACUAUGUAAAUCUAUGAAGCACUAUAAACGAUUAAUUAAAUUAUUGGGAAUGUUUCUAUGCAGUUCUGCCUCGGCCUUGGAGUAAAAAUAUUAUUAUGUACUACAAAAGUCAUAUAAAUUACCUUUUUUUUUUACUCAUGUAAAAAAGGGCUUCCAUAUGUUUCUGUUUCAGUCCUAGUCCAAAUGUUAUCUAUCUUAAAAUGUUCAACUGAAACAAUUUCACAAAUGUUGGAACAAAAAUGCAAAUCAUGAUUUGCAAAUAACCCACAUACACUUAAAAUCAUUACUUAAAACUUUAUUUUUUACUGUACAAAUUCUUCAGAUUAGUAAUCGUAUCCAUUGUUCCACAACAAUUUCAUUAAAACUCUGCAGCCUAGACCAUCACCUUAUAUCAGAGUACUUUCUCUUUUUUUGACACAAAGAACAAAAAUCAAUAAAAGAGUUUUGCUCAAACUUGCCUGUAGCCCUUGUAAAACAGGAGGUGAUGAUGGGAAAGAUGUCUAGGUAAUGUCCUGGGUAAAGACGGAGGACACAAAGAAGUCUCUAGGACAAAGGGCUCAUGUACAGGAAGGACAAAAGCAAGGCCUCUCUCUCUCUCUCUCUCUCUUUAUAUAUAUGAAAAGCUACAUGACAAAAGGGAGAAGAUAUCAACAAAUUAGCCCUCCAAAAGAUAUCGGUUUGAUUAAUCUCAAGUGCAUUCAAUUCCUUGUCAUGGAUGAAAUGAACCCGUUACAGAAAGUAGAUAACCAAACUCGAAACUCGAACAUUAAGACUGAAUCUGUAAUAGUGGUGCAAAAGCCGAUGUCUAUUUUGCCCUUUCCGUUAGACUUGUACCAUUUUUCUUUUUACUGAUUCCAUCAAACUUUGGUUGGUAAAUGGUCUUCUUAAUCUGUAGUACCUGAAUAUUUCACAGUGAUCGAUGCCUAAACAGGAAAUGCAACGACUCCACCAGCAGCAAACAUGGUACAUCAUGGUGAACGAGUUAAAAAAGGCUUUCUGCAAUUCUGAUUCC